AUGGCCCCUUCCAAAACUGAAGAAAUAUCCCAACAGACUAUCAGGAUCAAACCCGAGGUCCCUGAUGGUCUGAAGCCCAUACCAGCCGAAAAGCUGGACCUUCGUUCAGAUGAAGAGAUUGCAGCAUGGCUUCAACUUCGACAUCCGGUCACGUCAGAUAAGAAUGUCUGGGCAUUCUGGCACUCUGGCUACAGCAAAAUGGCUCCAUGGGUUCAGCGGAAUGUCAUCAAUUGGGUUCGCCGUCUUGGUCCAGAAUGGACAGUACACCUUCUCGACCGGGUGCCCAAUUCCGAGACCAACAUCUACCACUUUGUCGAGGAAUCAUACUUCCCCGAUGCGUUUAAUACCAAUACUAUGGAUGGACCUCACGUCGGCCCUCACCAAGGAGACCUUAUCAGGCUUCCCCUGCUGUGGAAAUAUGGCGGUGUUUGGAUGGACGCCGGCUCAUUCUUGUUUCGACAUAUAGAUGACAUCUGCUGGAAGGAGAUUGAGGACCCUGCUUCGCCUUAUGAGAUGGCUGGUUUCGUUAUCGAGAUACGCCCUGAAUGCCUCACUAUGCUCAAUGGAUUCAUUGCGGCCAAACGCAAUAACCCAUUCAUUAAGCGCUGGCAUGAUAUCUAUAAAGCACUUUGGGAAGGGAAGACAAACUCUCAUGGCUUCCACAAAUCUCCUCUUCUCAGGCAUCUGCCUCUCCUCUGCCCACCUGUGGACAAGAUGAACUGUCCAGAUCUUGGUGUAAUGAUGGAAGGUUUCAGCGACUACCUCUCUCACUUUAUGGCUUUUGAGCGUCUAAGGAAGAUCAUAGAUCCAUCAGAUGGGUUCAACGGUCCUGAAUACUAUGCUAAGCACAUGUUUCUGGCUUCGGCCCUCCAGGAAACAUUUUACUUUCAGCAAGUGACGGGCUGGUCUGGCACACGCCAAUUUGAGCUCCUUACAAAACAACGAGUGGGCGAAGGUGUUGUCAAGGAUGAAACUUGGCAAGCUGCAGAGGAUUUUGUCAAGGAUGCACUAGCCAACACUUCUACGAUGAAACUCUCUCACGGCCCGCCGGGAGCUUUGGAUUCGUUUUUGGCAGACCUUUGGGAUUCUGAAGAGCACCAUGAUAAGGACAACAUAGAAGGAACAUUUGCAGCCUAUCUGCGAUACGGAAGCGUGCAUUUCGAUCAGACACGCAAGUUGAAGCCACUGGAGUUUGACAUUACGAAGGAAGAGAUACUCCACCUCGGAGUUUUAGAGCCGAAGAAGGAUUAG